AGGUUGACUACCGACAUGCGCUUCGCUCCGUUUUCGUGCCCGGACAGAGGCUCCUGGAUUCAGGGCAGCCAGGACAAGGAUCUCUCCCUGAUGUUGCAGGAGAGUCUGCAGUCGGCCGUGUGCCUCCACAAGUAUCCCCGCUCUCAGAUCGAGGUCAACGUGAUGGUUCUGGAGAACAGCGGCUCAGUCCUGGCCCACGCCAUCACAUGCGCCUCCCUCGCCCUCGCCGACGCAGGGAUCGAAAUGUACGACCUGGUGCUCGGUUGCUCGAUCCGCCAGGACGGCUCUUCCUAUGUGGUUGACCCUUCUUACGCGGAGGAAAACAGCCGCAGCUCUGUCGGCGGCGAGAACCAGGGCGGGCUGACUGUGGCCUUCCUCCCCAGCCUGAACCAGAUUUCUGGGCUGCAGUCAGAUGGAGAAAUGACCCAAGAGACUCUGACAGCUGGGGUUCGGACCUGCAUUGAGGGAUGCUAUAAACUGUACCCGGUUAUUCAACAAGCCCUCGCCAAGGCUGUGCGCAAAGCUGCUCCCCCGCCUUCAGAGAGCUGAGAGACUCUUUAACAGCUCGAUUCUCAAGAGCUCGUACGCUGAGACAAUACCUAAUUUUCUAUAUUUGCUAGUAUGUUCUUUGAAUAAAAAUUAAUAAGACUGA